AUGGAGGCGGUGCGGGCUCAGCGGCUGCAGCCCGGGGUGGGCACCGGGCCCCGCGGGGCUCGGCCCGGCCUCACCGGGGCUCCUGCAGGGCUCGGACCGGCAGCGGGGUCGGGGCUGGGCCCAGGGCUGGGGCUGCCGCCGCCGCCGCCCCCGCUGGGCCUGCAGGGCCCCCCCGCGCCCCCCGGGCCCGGAGCCGGGGCCGUGCCCGGGCCGCCCGCGGUGCUGCGGGAGGCGGUGGAGGCCGUGGUGCGGAGCUUCGCCAAGCACACGCAGGGCUACGGCCGCGUGAACGUGGUGGAGGCGCUGCAGGAGUUCUGGCAGAUGAAGCAAUCCCGCGGGGCCGAGCUGCGCAACGGAGCGCUGGUUCUCUACGAGAUGGUGCCGGCCGCCAGCCCGCCCUACGUGUGCUAUGUCACCCUGCCCGGGGGCAGCUGCUUCGGCAGCUUCCAGUUCUGUCCCACCAAGGCCGAGGCGCGCCGCAGCGCCGCCAAGAUCGCGCUGAUGAACUCCGUGUUCAACGAGCACCCCUCGCGCCGCAUCACCGACGACUUCAUCGAGAAGAGCGUCUCUGAGGCCCUGGCGUCCUUCAACGGCAACCGGGAGGAGGCCGACAACCCCAACACCGGGAUCGGGGCCUUCCGCUUCAUGCUGGAGUCCAACAAGGGCAAAUCCAUGCUGGAGUUCCAGGAGCUGAUGACAGUGUUCCAGCUGCUGCACUGGAACGGGAGCCUGAAGGCCAUGAGGGAGCGUCAGUGCUCGCGCCAGGAAGUCCUGGCUCACUACUCCCACCGCGCUCUGGACGACGACAUCCGGAACCAGAUGGCGCUGGACUGGGUGAACCGGGAGCAGAACGUUCCGGGCGCCCUCUCCCGGGAGCUGGCGGCCACCGAGCGCGAGCUGGACGAGGCCCGGCUGGCCGGGAAGGAGCUCCGGUUCCACAAGGAGAAGAAGGACAUCCUGCUGCUGGCAGCUGGCCAGCUGGGCUCAGCGCACUCCUCCGGCUGCUGAACCCCCAAAUCCCACCCUGGGUGAUCCCCUAAACCCUUUCCCCAAAUCCCGGCCCGUUUGCACAUUUAGAGGAAAUUUAGGAAGAAAUCUGAAUGGAUUUUAGCAAGUUUUAUCCUGGUUUUUAGAGCUUCUCAUUCUCUUCAUUCCCUCAUUCGUCCCUUCAACUCCUCUGGUUGCUGAACCCCAAAAUCCCACUCUUGGUGAUCCCCUAAACCCUUUCCCCAAAUCCCGGCCCGUUUGCACAUUUAGAGGAAAUUUAGGGAGAAAUCUGAAUGGAUUUUAGCAAGUUUUAUCCUGGUUUUUAGAGCUUCUCAUUCUCUUCAUUCCCUCAUUGCUCCCUUCAGAGCUUUUUACACUCCUCUGGUUGCUGAACCCCCAAAUCCCACCCUUGGUGAUCCCCUAAACCCUUUCCCCAAAUCCCGGCCCGUUUGCACAUUUAGAGGAAAUUUAGGGAGAAAUCUGAAUGGAUUUUAGCAAUUUCAUCCUGGUUUUUAGACCUACUUCUCAUUCUCUUCAUUCCCUCAUUCCUCCCUUCAAAGCUUCUUAUUCCCCAGGGAACUUUUUACACUCCUCUGGUUGCUGAACCCCAAAAUCCCACCCUUGGUUGAUCCCUAAACACUUUCCCCAAAUCCCAGCCCGUUUGCACAUUUAGAGGAAAUUUAGGGAAAAAUCUGAAUGGAUUUUAGCAAUUUCAUCCUGGUUUUUAGAGCUUCUCCUCAUUCUUCCCUUCAGAGCUUCUUAUCCCCCAGGGAACUUUUUACACUCCUCUGGUUGCUGAACCCCAAAAUCCCACCCUUGGUUGAUCCCCUAAACCCUUUCCCCAAAUCCCAGCCCGUUUGCACAUUUAGAGGAAAUUUAGGGAGAAAUCUGAAUGGACUUUAGCAAUUUCAUCCCGGUUUUUAGAGCUACUUCUCAUUCUCUUCAUUCCCUCAUUCCUCCCUUCAACUCCUCUGGUUGCUGAACCCCAAAAUCCCACCCUUGGUUGAUCCCCAAAACCCUUUCCCCAAAUCCCGGCCCGUUUGCACAUUUAGAGGAAAUUUAGGGAGAAAUCUGAAUGGAUUUUAGCAAUUUCAUCCUGGUUUUUAGAGCUUCUCCUCAUUCCUCCCUUCAGAACUUCUUAUUCCCCAGGGAACUUUUUACACUCCUCUGGUUGCUGAGCCCCGAAAUCCCACCCCGAGAUCCUUCCUGGUGAUCCCCUAAACCCUUUCCCCAAAUCCCAGCCCGUUUGCACAUUUAGAGGAAAUUUAGGAAGAAAUCUGAAUGGAUUUUAGCAAUUUCAUCCUGGUUUUUAGAGCUACUUCUCAUUCUCUUCAUUCCCUCAUUCCUCCCUUCAGAGCUUUUUACACUCCUCUGGUUGCUGAACCCCCAAAUCCCACCCUUGGUUGAUCCCCUAAACCCUUUCCCCAAAUCCCGGCCCGUUUGCACACUUAGAGGAAAUUUAGGGAAAAAGCUCCUGAAUGGAUUUUAGCAAUUUCAUCCUGUUUUUUAGAGCUGCUUCUCAGCCUCCUCAUUCCUCCCUUGAGAACUCCUUAUUCCCUAGGGAACGUUUUAUUCCCUCAUAAUCCCUACAGAUUUUUUCCUGUCCCUUAUUUUCGGGGUUCGGAUCCCAGGUUUUGUCCUCUCCUCACUCCGUCCUUGCUGGAGCAGUUGGGAUUCCAUGGAAUCCAGCGUUUCCUCUGGAAAAACCCAUUGGAUCCCCUCCCUCCUGCAGCAGAAAGGGAUCAAUUAGAGCUCCUUAAUGAGCUCCUUAAUUAAAUGAGUGGGUGCCAAGGCGUGCAAUAUCCAGAUUUAAUUUUGGAGUUAAAUCUGGGAUCAGCCUGCAGCAUUCCAGGAUCUGCAGUUCUCCCCAUGGAAUUGCCCUGUCUGGAGCCAAACAUCAGCGUUGGAAGGUUGGAAAAGUCUUGGAGAGUUCGUGGACGAGGGAGGGAUUUGCACUAAUCAUUCCUUAUCCUUUGUAUCCAUAUGGAAUUUAGACUAUAUUUAGCUUUAAAACCCCUUUUAUGGCAUGGAAUUGUUCAAGCAGCUCCGAGGUCACCCAAGAAAAUGUCGAUUUAUCCAUGGAAAUUUCCAUUUUACUCCCCUUUUCCCCAGCAAACUGGGAGUACAAACUGCAUUCCAAGCCAGAAUUCCUUUUCCACCCCAGCCUAGAGCUUUUCCCACUUCUCAUCCCCUUAAACCCUGCAGAUUCCACUGUUCCCACCCUCCUCCUUCCCUCUGCCUGACCACAGGAUAUUCCAGCAAUAAUCAUUGUUUUAGGAUAAAAUUGGAAUAAUUCCAUUAUCUGUAGGUACCCCAUUUUUAUAUCCACACCCUAACGAGCUUAUUUUGGGGGUUUAUAUAUUUUUUAUACUUUUUACAAACACUAAUAACGUUCAAUGUCGCUGGAAAUUGGAUUUUAAAAGGGAUGGGGGGGUGGGAGGGGUUUUGGGGUGUAAUUUUCCUGAAAUAUUGGAAAAUUUUGAUUUAGGAAUAACAUGGAGUUAAUCCUGCAAUUUAUUCUGCACCUAUGGGAAUCCCUGAAGCUCCUCCCACUUCUUUAUGCUCCAAAUAAAUCUCGGAGGACUUUAGGAGUUCCAUCACUGUGGAAUUAAAAAAAAAUAAAAAUAAAAGGGAAAAAAAGCAGGAUAUUCCAUUGCUUGUGGGAUCGAGGCGCCUAUUUGGAGGCUCCGGAUCUCCGUGGAAGGCGUAAAAUUUUAAAAAUUCAAAUUUUCUCUGUACGGAGAAAGCCGUGCUCCUUAUUGAGGCAGUAGAAUUAUGGGAUAAACACUUCUGUGGAUUUUCUACAAUAAACCCAGCGAUUUUGGUUAA